GAUUGCAGAUGACGGGAUACUUUUUUGACCAAAUUUUUGCAAAAAAUACAUUUUAUUUGGUAACGACUGCAUUAUAUUUUGAUAUAAUAGAAUAAAAUUGGUUAUAUGAAAUUCUUCCAAUAAAAGUGGUUACGUCUUAAUUGAUUUGUAAGUUAUGGACUUUGUGGUACAUGAAAACCAUGAUGAGCAUGAUAUCAGCUGGACAUUGUACAGUUCCCUUCAUCACACUCGGGUGUGUCUUGGCUGUAUUGUAGAAACCAUAGAAAAUACAGAGUUACUGCCCCUGCAGAGAAAACCAGCUUUGACAGAGUUUCUAAGAAUGCUGACUCAGCAGUCUUCAGAGUUGAUGCAGCUCUUCAUGAAGGAAGAGAGAAUUGUUUGGCAUGUUGUAACAAUAUUAUUAGAAAGUUUCAGUCUUGAGGAUGAAUCUUACAUGGCUCUCUCAGUAAAUGUUCUUCUGAAGAUGUUGCAGAUGAUUGGCUCAGAAGAUCUUGUUACAGAAAUACUUGAUGCCAUUGUUAAGAAGAUCGAGAUGACAGCUGAUCAUAAGAAGUUAGAGCCACACUAUAUAUUGUUAGGAAAGAUGUUAUAUCAAUUGCCAGCUCUUACAGAAACCCUCCUUACACAUUAUGACUGGUUAUUGAAUGCAUUGAGUCUGGACCUAUGUAAAGUUGGGGAGACAGUCCAGUCAUCUAUAGCCUAUAUUUUUAUCUUUCUGUGUGAUGAAAGUCAAAUUGUAAAGCUCCAUGCAAGAACUCUACAGCAAGUGCAUUCUGGGAUUUUGACCAUGCUGUCGUCUGCUGGUUCACUUCCUGUUCUAAUUAAUGGAUUAGGACUAUUAAAGAAACUUUUAUCGGACAGUACUGGUUGUAACAAUCUGAUGACCUUGAACAAAGAUGGUGUGACCUUGCUGACAUGUAUGAAGAAACUGUUGCUAAGCAAGAAGGAUGUGCUGCAGUCAGCAGUCUCCCAGAUACUCUCAAUUAUACUGAACAAAGACAAUUAUUUAUCAUAUGCUACCACAAUACUAGACUCUGAUAUUGUAGAAUUUCUCUUUGAGUCUUUACAUACAGAAAAUACAGUUCAGAUUGAAUGUAUUUUGAAAGUAUUACAGAAGUUGGCACGAGUUGAACAGUUCUACAAGAGAUGUCAUUCUGUAUAUGGUGUGGAGUCAGUUUUGAGAGCUGUCAGCACAUCGAUUGAACUAAAGAAUCCAUCUCUUCUCAACCAUGGAUACAUUCUACUGGCUGAAAUUUUAAACAGGCAUCCUGAAGAUGUACCACUAUUCUUGAGUAGUAGUGUGGUACAGAAAUGUCUGUCUCAAGUCAAACAUGGCCUCAGUCAUUACCAGAAUGCUGUAAAUCACACUGCUCAAGAUGCUUUCCUGGCAAUGUUAAGGAAGAAGUACUUGUUGUUGCCAGUACCAUUCCAGGAAUUGACAGAAAUGUUUACCAUGGUAACAAAGAGGAAGUUGGACCAGCUCAAGUUAUUCUGGGAUAUGUCAGAAACCAGACAGAUGAAAAAUAUUGAAAUGCUUAGUUGUAGCCUGGUGAGAUAUCUGGACCUGACGAUCAAGUGUUGCUAUCUUGUUAAAGAGUGUAGAGGUGACCUGGCAACAUGUGAGAGCAACUUUGCUGCACCAGGUACUGGAGAUCUACUGUCCCCAACAGAUACAUUUGUUGAGAAGUUGUUUAAUGCUGGUCAACAUGUUUGUGAUGUCCUUUCUCAGAAAUCUGCAGACAGAAUUCAUAGUGUACAACUGUAUGAAAAGGUCCUGGAACUUAUCUGCUGUUUAAAUGACCUUGACACAGGAAAGUCACAUGACCUGGUAUAUCAGCUGAUAUUGGCAGGGUUCAUUAUUAGACUGAUUGAUGUAAUGGUGAAAUUGAACUCUCAGCAGCUUACAAAUUUGAUGGACAGAUUCCUAAAACUUACUGUAGAAUGCUGUCACCAACACUAUAUGCUCCCUGUAGACAGACCUUUCAUAAACGUGCUGGAUGUGCACCAUUUUAAAUGGCCUUUUAACUGUUUAAAACAAGUGUUUCUGGAUGGAAAUGUUGACACGGUCAUGGUGGAAGCCUAUCUGGUUAUCAUAUACUUAUCCUGCAAGUAUUGUAACUGUGAGGGAAGACCUGUGUAUGGUGAAAUCAUAUGUAGUAUUUUAAAUGGUCACAUGCCACUAGAACAGAUGUCAUCUCUAGGAAGGAAGCUGUACAUUUACUUGCUUUCUUAUGUCAGUACAUAUGAAGGGGUUUGUGUGCGUGAAACUAUUCAGGAUGGUUUAGAAUGUCUACCAUCAGUGAUGGAAAGACCAGCCAGUGAAUGGUAUACACAUGAUAUCUGCAUGCUGAUUUGGGUGUUUGAUGAUCCUGUACUAGCUAUAACAUCAGCAAAAUCUGUUAUAGAUGCCUUCUUGGAAAACACCAGUAUAAAAGAGAUACAGCAUAUACUAGAAACAGAGGGUUGUCUGGAAAAUGAUACUCUAUUACGAUUUUGUAGUAAUAAAAAUUCCCUGUCAUCUCUUGUGACCAGUCUGACUAACAAGAGUGCAGAGAUUGUGUCAAAGAUUUUUCUGCUACUUGAAGAAUUCAUUUCUAGGUCAGCUGACAGUAGUUUUACUGGUGUUGAAUGCAAGAGAGGUGAGGAUGCAGAAGUACAAGAAUGUAUGUCAAAACAGUUAAACUUCUUAUUUGAGAAAACAACAGAUGUUCUACUAAAUGUGUUCUUGAAAAACUAUUCUAAUGCACAAGAUCACAAUAUCUGUGGGUUACUUGAGUUGAUGUUAGUGUUAAUCAAGUACACAAAAUCAGCUUACACCAUUAGUGUGAAAAUCCUGUAUCAUGUAUUGAACGUGUUGUCAAGGAAAGAAAAGCAGAGUCAAGGUCUAGAGAAAGCAUGUUUGCUGUCAGUACUGGCUGCAGUUACCUCAAAAAGUGAAUCUCAAAGUCAGUCAUCAGUUUGUGCAAUUGUUGUCCAACAUGAAGGAUUUAUGAGUUAUCUUCAGACAUGUUUUGACAAUUCUGACACUGAUAUUAUCUACUGUAUAUCUUGUGAUUUACUUAUGGCCAUCAUUCAGGAGAAAAAAUUGAAGUGUGACAAUACUGUCCAGGUAGAUAUAGUGAGAGUAGUGAACUCUGUAUGUAUGGACUCAGGUGAUUACCAGGUUGCCAGUAUGAAUCUGUUAUCAGCAUUGUUUAGUGUGAACAUGACAAGUUCCAUUGUGAAGGUGGCUGGCAGAAUUUAUCCAGCAAUGUACAGGACCUUGUAUAUACAGCUGCAGCAAUCUUGUCUUCAGGAGGAAAGUGACACUGCUUAUGGUGCGGGACUGUGCAUGAGAAAUCUUAUUCUGCAUUUAUUACAAUCAGACAGAGAUCUUGGCGAGGAACUUCUUGAACAGCCUUGGAAUAUAAUAUUAUUAGAGGUGUUACUAGACCUUUCCUCUACUGGACAUGUGAUGGAGCAUCAGUUAUGCUUACUGUCUUUAUUUACAGAGUUUAAGACAGGUUGUAGUGUGAUAAAGUCCACACCAAAUCUUGUAGACAAAAUAAUGAAGUUUGUUCAGACUAUCAGCAAAAAUACAGAGGAGCAUUUUGGUGUACAUUUGAAUAAUCUGUUAAAGCACUUAAAGACCAACUUUGAAGAUGUACUUUCUGAUGAGAACAUUAAAUGGUUAAAGGAAAAGAGAAAUGUUAUAUCAGUGGACGCUUUAUAAAAGCAUGAGUGAUAUUGGCUGUGUUUGAAUUUUAGAGAAAUAAAAAGUGUAAGGACAGGAUUUUUGCGAAACUUAAAUCAGUCAAAGUGUAAAGACAUGAUAAGACAUGAACUAGAUAUCAGUAAAAGUUUUAAAAUAAUCUAUCUGAGGUACUCUAUAUAUACCAGUAAAAUCAUGAUAUGAGUUCUGUGAAAAGAUACACCAGAUUAUGUCUGUGGAGUGUGUUUUAUCAGAAAAAAGAUGU